AUGUGCGCACCUAUGAUCUUACAGUACAAUCUUUGGGGAUCCUGUGUGAGUCUAAUAGUAUUAGUUUGUCUUGUGUUGGGUUUGAGUUGUAUUCCAGUAAGCUAUAGUCUUUCCUUUUCCAACUCUUCCAAACAUCUCUGUGACAGUAAAGACAGUUUGGCCUUGAUAGAAUUCAGGAAGUCUCUCAACCUUGUCACUUUCCCAAUCGUAACCCUGUGCUCCAAAGAAGCUACUAAGCUGAAAGAUAAACCAUGGAAGCUGGGAAGUGACUGUUGUGAAUGGAAUGGUGUAACUUGCCAUCCUUUUACAGGCCAUGUUAUUGGUCUCGAUCUUAGUUGUGCUAUGUUUUACGGAACUAUUGAGUCUAACAGCACACUGUUUCAUCUCCGCCAUCUCCAAACACUUAAUUUGGCUAACAAUGUCUUGUAUGACUCUCGUAUUUCUCCAAAGUUUGGCCAGUUUCAAUAUUUGACACACCUUAAUCUUUCCUUUUCAAUGUUUCAAGGUGAAAUUCCAUCUGAAAUCUCUCAUCUUAAAGGUUUGACUACCCUUGAUCUUUCUUAUAAUUCUGAUCUUAUCUUGUCAAAUUUCAAAGUUUUUAUGGAGAAUCUAACUGCUUUAACUAGGCUUAAACUUGAUGGGGUUAGCGUUGAUUCAGAUGUUCCUAGCUUAUUGAUGAACAUGACUUCCUUAACAUAUUUAUCGUUAUCCAAUUGCCUUUUGCAUGGUAGAUUUCCUUCUGAGAUUUUGGACUUACCUCAAUUGAAAGUUCUCAAUGUAGGAUCUAAACCAGAUCUAUACAUAGAUAAGCAAUUGGGCAACUGGAGCAACUCCCUCGAGAUAAUAAACCUUUCAUCAGUAAAAUUCACUAAACAGCAGGCUCACUUUCCAUAUUCCCUUAACCAACCAAAGCCUAACCUGAGACAGUUAAAAUUAAAUGGGUGUAAUUUGUACGGGAUGAUACCACCAUGGGUGUGGAACAUCUCAGAAGCAAUUGACCUUGGAAGUAAUUUACUACAUGUAACCUUACCUUCCACACUUUCCCGUCUCGUAUCUUUAAAAGAAUUGAUCCUUAGCUCCCACACCAUUGGUGGUAGUGUACACAUUAACGCAUUUUCAGGAUUCAAAGAUUUGAGUAAUCUUGAUUUAUCAAAUACAGGUCUUUCACUGAUAACUACCUCUACCAGCACUAAUAAAUUCAACUCCUCUUUAAUCUGGCCUAAGCUCAGCUCUUUAGCCCUAUCAUCUUGCAAUAUUAGUGAGUUUCCUUCUUUGGAAACCCCUGAAUAUUUGGAGUGGUUGGACUUAUCAAACAACAAUCUCCAAGGAGAGAUUCCGAUAUGGCUACAAAAUGCUGGUAAGUUAUUGGACAUUCAUCAGAAUGUCAUGCUUCUGUCUGUGAACCUCUCUUGGAACUCUCUAACACAUGGUCUAAAGCAUAUCCCUUGGAAGAAAUUGUCCUAUCUCGACCUUUCAUACAACAUGUUACAAGACUCUUUACAAAUUUAUCCAAGUGCACCUCAUUUAGUAUUCUUUCUUGCCUCAAAUAACAGAUUAAGUGGAACCAUAACUCCAUCUAUUUGCAAUUUUAGUCAAUUAUCAAUCCUUAAUUUAGCAAAAAAUGAUCUAAGUGGUGAAAUUCCUUCUUGCUUGGGAUCUGGUAAUGUGUUUCAAGUAUUGAAUCUACAAUCAAAUAGGCUCAAUGGUACCAUAUCAAUACAAAAAUGUUCAGAUUUUAUGCAGUAUCUAGAUUUAAGUGAGAAUCAAUUGGAAGGAGGGGUGCCUAAGUCAUUGUCUCAAUGCCAAAAACUGACCGUCUUAAAUAUUGGAAACAAUAAGUUGAGUGGUACAUUUCCCACUUGGCUUGACAGCAUUCCAGAGCUACAAGUUCUAAGCCUACGAUUCAAUAGCUUCCAUGGUCCAUUAAUGAGUUCUUUAGAAGUCGAUAAUCCAUUUCCAAAGUUACGUAUUCUUGAUCUUUCAAACAAUAACUUUAGUGGAAAAUUACCAGUCCAGUUUCUCAAAAAUUUAAGAGCAAUGAUGAAUAAAAGUAUGGACUCUACAGGAAGUCCAAAGUACUUAAAAGAUGAAAUUACAGAUUUUUACUCGUUUUCAGUUGUGUUGACAAAAGAUGGGUACCAACAACUUUUUGUGAAGAUCAUCACAUCUUUGGCUGUUUUAGACAUGUCAAACAAUAGAUUGGAGGGAGAGAUUCCAGAUCCUAUCGGGCAAAUGUUCUCAAUCCGUCUCCUUAAUUUGUCACACAAUCACUUUAUAGGGCACAUCCCUUCAUCCAUUGGAAAGUUGUCCAUGCUCGACUCAUUAGACCUCUCAUUCAACAUGCUUACUGGCCAUAUUCCUCAAGAACUAGUUAGUUUAACUUUUCUUGGUGUCUUUAAUGUGUCAUACAAUAUGUUGGAUGGACUUGUUCCUCAUGGGAGUAACUUUGGUACAUUCUCAACCGAUUCAUACAAGGGAAAUCAUGGGUUGUGCGGACAACCAUUGCCCAACUGUGGAGGAAAUGUUGCACCAUUUCUAGACAGUUCCGGAGAUAAUGAUCCUGAAGAUGAGGAAAGCUUAGUAUCAAUGUGGGAUAUCAUAGCAAUGGGGUUUGGAAGUGGUGUGGUGGUUGGUUUCGCUUGGGGUUACUAUAUGUUAUCAGUAGGUAAACCCUUUUUGUUUAUUAGAUUGGCUACCAAAAUGGAGUUGGUUUUACAUAGUUUUUGUGAGCUACAUUUUGGUAGACGAGGAAGAACAAACGUUAUUAGCAACUUUGCCAUGAUUAUUGUUCGUGCCUUUAUGAUUGUUACUUGGUUUAUAUUGUUAGUCUUGCUACUUGCCUUGUCUUACCUAGCCGCAACAUCUUUAUCUCUUUUGUUGAGGAGAUUUGAGAUUUUCAAUGGUAAAGUUAUAACCUUUACAUCAUUCAAAAUUCUUUUUGUUACGAGCACGAUCCUUUCUAUGGGAUUUCUCACAUUGGGUGUUGUUACUAGUGCUGUUGGUGCAAUUGUAUUGAGAUUCUCUAUUUUGGCUGCAGAACUGCAGUAA